CGGCGGCGAAGGCCCCGCCCCGCCCCGCCCCGCCCCUUCCUGCGCGGCGCCGGGGCUGGGCUGGGCCGGGCCGAGGCGCGGCGAUGCUGCUGGUGCUGUCGGAGGAGCAGCGGGAGCACCUGGGCUGCCUGCCCCGCCUGGGUGACGCAGCCGUGGCCGAGCUGGGGCGGCUGGCGCUGGAGCUGCUGCGGCGCGGCGGGGCCCCGCGCGCCCUCGAGGCCGCCGCCAGAAAGCUCGGCGUUGGCGUGGACGCGGUUCAGCACGGAGUGGAAGCGCUGACCUAUCUCCUCACGGAGAGCUCCAAGCUCGCGAUUUCUGAGAUAGACUUCCAAGAUUCUGUCCAUGUUCUGGGAUUCUCAGAUGAAUUGAACAAAUUACUGCUCCAGCUUUACCUUGAUAACAGGAAAGAGAUCAGAAGCAUUCUUAGUGAGCUGGCACCAAAGCUGCCCAGUUACCACAAUCUUGAAUGGAGACUAGAUGUGCAGCUUGCAAGCAGAAGUUUGAGACAACAGAUUAAGCCUGCUAUGACUAUAAAGCUACACCUUAACCAGAAUGGAGAUCAGACUGCCCAAGUGCUGCAAACCGACCCUUCUACACUUCUUCACCUAAUUCAGCAACUGGAACAAGCCUUGGGGGAAAUGAAAACAAACCACUGUAGGAGAAUAGUGCGCAACAUGAAAUAGUAUUAAUUCAUGACUGUUGCUUUCGAGGCAGUAUGAAAUGACCAGAAACAAUGUUCACAAAUACAUUUUGAGGAAAAUAAACAUCUGGAUCAGAUGAAAUGCUUUCCUAUGCCAGGAUUUUGAGCCAGUAAUUAUAGGGUGAAUGUCCCCAGGUGCUAACUUUACACAGCUGCCUGAUAUGAGAUAGGUAAUUAGUUUUGCUUUACCCGCACAUAUAGAAAUUCAGCAUGCUAUAUUUAGCAUUUCUCUAGCUCUAAAUGAGUAUACUUAAAGAACUUUUCUACAUUAAGUAGAGCUGCUUCAAUAUUGUAUAAAGAUGCACAUUUAUUGUUGUGUUUAUCAAGCAGAUUUUCUUUUCUUGGUUUUGCUUCUGUUUUGAAAUAAAAUAAAAAUACAUGAUGCGGAUGGAAA